AUGGACAAUCAGGUGAUCAACAGCAGUAUGGACAAUCAGGUGAUCAACAGCAGUAUGGACAAUCAGGUGAUCAACAACAGUGUGGACAAUCAGGUGAUCAACAGCAGUAUGGACAAUCAGGUGAUCAACAACAGUGUGGACAAUCAGGUGAUCAUCAACAAUAUGGACAAUCAGAUGAUCAUCAACAGUAUGGACAAUCAGGUGAUCAACAACAGUGUGGACAAUCAGGUGAUCAUCAACAAUCAGUUGAUCAUCAACAAUAUAGACAAUCAGGUGAUCAUCAAGAGUAUGAACAAUCAGAUGAUCAUCAACAGUAUGAACAAUCAGGUGACCAACAACAGUGUGGACAAUCAGGUGAUCAUCAACAAUCAGUUGAUCAUCAACAAUACAGACAAUCAGGUGAUCAUCAACAGUAUGGACAAUCAGGUGAUCAUCAACAGUAUGGACAAUCAGGUGAUCAUUAACAGUAUGGACAAUCAAGUGAUCAUCAACAAUCAGGUGAUCAUCAACAAUACAGACAAUCAGGUGAUCAUCAACAGUAUGGACAAUCAGGUGAUCAUCAACAGUAUGGACAAUCAGGUGAUCAUCAACAGUAUGGACAAUCAGGUGAUCAUUAACAGUAUGGACAAUCAGGUGUUCAUCAACAGUAUGGACAAUCAGGUGAUCAUUAACAGUAUGGACAAUCAGGUGAUCAUCAACAGUAUGGACAAUCAGGUGAUCAUCAACAGUAUGGCAAUCAGUAUGGACAAUCAGGUGAUCAACAGCAGUAUGGACAAUCAGGUGAUCAUCAACAGUAUGGACAAUCAGGUGAUCAUUAACAGUAUGGACAAUCAGGUGUUCAUCACAGGUUAUCAUCAGCAGGGUAGGGUGUGUCAGGAGUAG